UGCAGCUCACAGCGGAUCGUCUUAUGCAGCGAUUUCUGGGCUCGGGGCUGAUGUUAAAAGAAUGGGACAGGGUAAAACUUCAUGCAACAGUUAUGAAUACACUGUUCCGGAGAGACCCCCUAGCUGAAGAAAGAAGUACUGUAUCUCCUGGAAGGCCUGGCCAAAGAGAAAGAGAAUCGUUUGAUGCUAGAAAUGUACUGAAGAUUUUUGACAAAUUCUGUUUUGGAGAAGUGGAGCUGGACAUGGUUUACCUUUCUCAGAGGUUUUCUACAGAUAGCUCUGGCUACUACACAUCUGCUGGACAAAUCCAAAUCUCAUGAGGAUCAAGCUUGCAAACAACUCCUAUACUCCUCUGCUAAAGGAUUCCAAGAUAUUAGUUGAAAUAUGGUGGUUUUCUAGGAAAUAAUUUUCCAUGUUUUCUGGUUUGCUCAGCAUUCGGAUUUGUAAACUAAAUAAAUAAGUCUGAAAAAAGUUUUA